GUCAACAAGUCUGAAAAAAAAAUAACUUCGUCAAUUUCUCCAUAUUUUCUUUUACGUGAACAACCCCAGAUGGCAGACGGUGACCCGGAGAAGACACAGGGGAAGACGGACGGCGGGGCGGACGGAAGUGAUGAUGACACGGACGAAGAGUGCGAAGUUCUGGAGGAAAGUCCGUGUGGCAGGUGGCAGAAACGACGAGAGGAGGUAGAACAGAGAGAUGUGCCAGGUAUUGACAGUGCGUUUCUAGCCAUGGACACAGAAGAGGGGAUGGAGGUUGUUUGGAACGAGGUUUACCUCUCCGAGAACAGGAACAAAAAGGGUCAACAGGAUAAAAUCCGACAAGUGUUUGAUAACCUGAUACAGCUUGACCAUCCAAACAUUGUCAAGUUCCACAAAUACUGGACAGAUCCAUUACCUGAUGAAAAACCUUCAGAUCCUGUGAAAAAACCUCGGGUGAUAUUCAUAACUGAGUACAUGUCAUCAGGCUCCUUGAAACAAUUCCUCAAGAAAACCAAGAAGAAUAAUAAGACCUUUCAGCUUAAGGCUUGGAAAAGGUGGAGUACACAGAUUCUAUCUGCCCUUAGUUACCUCCACUCGUGCAAACCCCCUGUGAUACAUGGAAACCUGACCUGUGAUACAAUCUUCAUCCAGCACAACGGGCUUAUCAAGAUCGGCUCAGUUGCGCCAGACGCCAUGCACCACGUUAAGACCUACAGAGAAGAUCUGAAGAAUAUGCACUGUGUUGCCCCCGAAUAUGUAGCUGGCCAGGUAACAACAGCGGUUGACAUCUACUCAUUUGGCAUGUGUGCCCUUGAGAUGGCGGCCCUAGGUAUCCAAGGAAACGGGGAAAGUGGCAACGUGAUUACACCAGAGGCAAUAGAUAAGACUCUACAGUCAAUAGAGAACCCACUACAAAGGGAUUUCCUGGAGAAAUGUUUGGAGAAGGAUCCUACCCAACGACCAACAGCCCGUGACCUACUUUUCCAUUCUGUGUUAUUUGAGGUCCAUUCGCUCACCCUCCUGGCCGCACACGCUAUUGUCAACAAUGCUCAGCUUGUAGAAACAAUUGCGGAGGACACCCAUAUGUUAAAAGUGGAGCCCAAAAAAGUGAUGGCGGGCAUCAAAUACCACGGGCAGGAGGAGCCCACUUUGACUAGAUUUGCAAAAGUGCAGAGUGUGGAGUUGGAAAAAUUUCUUGAAGAUGUAAGAAAUGGCAUCUACCCCCUGACUGCCUUUGAUCUCCCCCAGGCACCCAAUGCCAACACAAGGGCCGCAACUCCUGAGGCAAAAGAACAAGAACUAGAGGAAACACCUGAACCCCAGGAUGUAGAAGCACGCAGAGUGAUCAACAUGUCAUGUCAAAUCCGCCCACUAGAGGACAACAUCACAUACCACCUGAUCCUUUUGUUACGUAUGGACGAUAAGAUGAAUCGGCAGCUCGAGUGUGACUUUGGGGGCAGCGACAAUGCUGGUGUUCUUGCGGAGGAGUUGGUGCACUAUGGCUUUAUAAAUGAGGAAGACAGAGAAAAUUUAGCUACCUUCUUGACCAAAGAGCUGCAAGGAGCUAAUCCUGUCAACAAUAUCCAAGAGCAACAGACUGGUGCCCCAAUAACUGUCUCAUGAGGGUAGACUGGUUUAUAGUUUUGUGGGAGUUGACUGAAGAAACCCUGACAGGACCAGUCUAUGGUAUUCUGAAAGUCACUGUCAUCAGUAUCCAAGUUUAACAACCAAGCAGGUGCCCUUAAUCAGUCACAUGACAUAAUGACAGUAACAAUAGACUGGUUCAAAAUUUGUGGACUGGUCCAAAAUUUGUGGACUGGUUCAAAAUUUGUAGACUGGUUCAAAAUUUGUGGACGCUAGCUGAAAAUAUUACUAUUAAAGUUUUCUUUUUUGACUAGGUUAUUAGGGUGCAACUGAUUAAACUUUAAUUUGUAAAGUUCCAAAAUGGGUUAUUAUCUGUAUGACAUUAUUGAUGACAUUCCUUGUGUUUGAACGUGACUUUUUCGGUCAAGAUUUUUGUGAAAUUUUCCCUACUUUGAUUUUCAAACUGCAAAGCUUGUUUUUCCCUUGUGUAACACAAUGACAAUCUAUUAUAUUCAUGGGUUUUACUGAUGUCAAUCCUUUUGUAUCAUAGUUAAUUAAUAUCAUUUAUGAAAUUGACAUAUUUGUAUGGAAUUGAAUUUUCCGUUUUGUGACUUAUAGACUAACUGUUAAUUAGACUUUAUGUUGAACAAGACCGAAUUACACUCUAGUGUUUGGUAUGAAAAUUUUCCACGAGCCCAAGUAUACAAAUCUAAAAUUUGAGCAAGCCGGAAAUGCACAUUACAAUUGCAGGAUUGAGCUUAUUUCGACUGCUGCUUGUACAGUCAACCUGUAGGCCCGAUUUGCAUGGCUUGAUUUUUCUUGUUGGCUCGAACUUGAUGAAAGGACUGAUUAUUUUUAACUCUAUGUAAGCAUUCCUGCUUGGCUCGAUAUUCGUGAGGCUCGAAGUAUUAGGCCGGUCCCUGGGAUAUCGAGCUAACCAGUUUCGACUGGGUAUGCAUUUCAAUCAGUUUCUGACUUUUUGUAAAUAAUUAUAUGAUGAGUUCAUAGUGAUGUAAACAUAAAUAUGGUUGAACUAAAGACCAGAUUUGUUCAUUCAACAGGGCAUUACAUACAUUUCUGUAGAAGUUCUUUUGAAAUUUGAAUUAGUCAGAGCCCAUUGUCCAGAACUUUGUUACAGUUAAUAGCUUUGUUAACGCCAUUGUUGUUAAAGCUGCACUCUCACAGAUUUACCGUUUUAACAUCAUUUUAUUUUUUUGUCAUGGAAAGAGCAAAUUUUUAGGUAAACAUCUUCAAACCAAUGAUAUAAGAUUGCUGACAAAAAAUCAGAUUGUAGUUUUCCAUAUUUCCAUUCGAAAAUUAAUGUUUUAUGACUUAAACCGUUACUAAUGGUUUUAGAAAAAUGCAUAAAACAUUAAUUUUUUUAACUUAAAUAUAAAGAUCUGCGAUCUAAUUUUUUGUCAGCAGUCUUAUAUAACUGGUUUCCAUGGAAUUUCCCAAAAAUUGGCUCGUUCCAAGACAAAAAAUAAAGUUGUUAAGAUGUUCAAUCUGUGAGAGUGCAGCUUUUACAUUCAUAUGGUUCUGCUCUGAAAGUUUUAUUGAUACACUUGUGAUCUGCUGUCUUUCUUACAAGAUUAGAGAUAGCUGUUCUAGCUGUGCUUGGUUAUUUUUAAAUAUGUGAUCACAUCAUCAAAUAUUUCAUGUUUAAAAGUUAACAACAAUGCCAUUGAUCACGUUGUUAACUUUAACAAAGCUCUGAACAAUCCGCCCAAUGGUAUACAUACAUUUGAAGAUGUACACAGGUUUAAGUUAUAGGUCAUGGCCAAGGUCGUUUUAAAAAGUAUAGUUUAAACUUGAUUGAAUUUACAACAAAUGUAAAUUAAGUUAUGCUAAGUUGUGCUAAGUCACUCUUAUUGACAUGAUAUUGAGCAAGCCUGUGGCCUUUUGUUGUGGGGAAAACUAGUAAAAACCCACUUGUCUGGUUGUUGACCACCAACCAAACUCACAUGCACUAAGGCCAGUAAUCGACCAGGGUUGCCUAGGUGAGAAGCCAGUGUUUCAACCACUGCGCUAACUUGAUGAUCUAUGUAACAUUCAUUUAGGGGCAUGUUGUUUUACAUAUAACUCUUGGUUGCAUUUAUUUCUCUUUUGUUUGUUCAUUUCCAUUUGUACUGGUAUAUAAUUUCAGUAUUAUUAUAACACUUGUGUUUAUGUAUUACCAUAAUAUAUCAAACAUCCAAGAAUAUUUAUAUGUUAAUAAUCUUUCGUGCAAUACUUAUUUGAAUAUCGUGAAAUGAUGUAUUAUUCUAUAUAUUUUGUUCACUUGUUGAUACAUAUGUUGAUUUGCACCACCUAGAAUGAAUUCUGACACAUUAAAGGUGCUAGACACCAGGUGGUUCCAAAAUCGGCAAAUAAAGUAUUUCCUUAAAGCUGCACUCUCACAGAUCUUUUUUACAACUUUUUUUUAUUUUUUGUCUUGGGAAGAGCAUUUUUUUGCGUAAAUAUCUGCAAACCAAUGAUAAAAGAUCAGAUUGCAGAGUUGCAUAUUUCCGUUCGAAAAUUUAUGUAUUACGGCAGAAAAAUGCAUAAAAUAUUAACGGUUUAAGAAAAAUGCAUAAAAUAUUAAUUCUUGAACUUAAAUAUAAAAAUCUGUGAUCUAGUUUUUGUCAGCAGUCUUAUAUACUAGUAAGUAACUGGUUUCCAUGGAUUUUCGCAAAAAAUAACUCGUUCCAAGACAAAAAAAAUGUUGUCAAAACGUUCAAUCUGUGAGAGUGCAGCUUUAAGCAAGCCUAGAAUUGUACAUGCAAGCUAGUAGGAGGCCGAUAAUUCAUGAUUAAAAUAAUAAACACAACAAUCCUGUUGCUGUCUCAUAUGUGUUUCCCUGUUUAAAAAUAGCAUGUAAUGGCUUCCCAAUUUAAAUCAUAUCUGUUUAUGAGUACAGAUUAAUAUACCAAUGCUAUUUUUAAACUUACUGGGAUAAACGGGGUAGACAUCCCCAGUAAAUUUCGAUUUAGAAAAAUGUGUAAUAACUGCGAAAGAUGCAUGUGUCAUAAGCGAUGGGAUACACCAGACAAUGCGUUGUACACAACGAUGUAAAUUUUAUGUAAAUUUUUGACAAUUUUCUUUUUUUUCUUGCUUUUGUGAUAUCUGGUGUCUAGCCCAUUUAACAACCAUAUUUGAGGUCAUAGAGUUUGUCAUGUGAUUAUUUGAUUUCUUUCACUUCAGCUAAGUCCAUUUUUGUGCAAGUUUAUAAAUGUUAAUUAAAAAUAACAAUACCAAUUUUCUGAUUGCUUCAGGAGUUCUUUACUUUAGGAUUAAUACUGAUAUCAAGAUUUAGAGCUGUUAACUUCAGAUGAUUUAUUGUACAGUUGUAAAUACUGUUUUUUGCUUGGACAUUUGAAUUAAAGCAGUAGGAAGUACUUGAUAUGAAUAUAAAUGACUUUGUAAACAUUUUUAAAAAGGGUCUUAUCCCGUUUGCUCUGCUUUUGGCUUGACCCCUUGUACUCAAACAGACCUGGAUGGUUUCUAGGUUUGACAAUUAUCAGCUGUUAGAUCCAGCUUACAAAGUGUGUGUAUACCACGUGUUAAACUACGUCAUAUAUGCUAUGUCGGAAGGCAACAUUUUGCUUAAAAUUAAGGCUUAAAACAAAGAUAUCUUUUCUUUUUCUUCACCAUUUUAAACGAAACAAAAUGCAGUCUUUGCCGCUUGAAAAGCCCCGCCUUCCUUUUAUUACUGGAGUUUUAUUAGGUACAUGUAAUUAUUUUCUUCCAACACUUCGACAAACCUGUUUCCAAAAUAAACUGAGCUCCAUCAGGCGGUGGUUUUGCGGAAAGGUUUGUCGAAGUGUUUUAAGAAAGUAAUCUCUCAAUCAAACUCUGGUAAGGGUCUGAAAGCGGGGUUCAGUAAGUGGCGUAGACUGUGUUAUGUUUCAUUUAUAAUGGGGAAGAAAUAGUAAAGUUAUCCUCGUUAAAAGUCUUCAUUCAGAAGCAAAAUAUAGCCUUCCGACUUAGCAUUUAUGACGCAAUUUAUCACGUGGUAUACACACACUGUUACAGCCUACUCGUAAAUUUAGCCUUAGAACAUAGAGGGACUAGGCAAAGUUCAAUGUUUAUUUAGUAUUAACAUGGACUUAAAGGUACUUUGAUUGUGUUGUGUUGGUAUUACCUAUUUAAGUGCUGUUGACUUGAUUUCAAAUGGCAAAAGCUUUUUGAAGUUAACUUUUAUAGAUCUGCAUUCAUUGAUAAAGGAACAUAUAGUGUUGAUCUUUGUCUGUAUUUAUACUAAAAAUUAAAUAUGACGUCGAUAAAUGUCCUUUUGUAUAUGGUGCAUUGUUAAAAGUUUCAAUUUGUGCUAUCAAAAUUAAAACCAUGUGACUCAUAAUGAGUUAUGGAAAU